GGUGGGUUUUGAUGAAUUUUGCUGAGGUAGCUAGGUCUGGAGAGAUGCAAACCAUCUAAACCAUCAUCCGAUGCCACUGAGAAAUUUCCUGCUCCCAUGUCGAGCUAGCUGGAGGCGCAGUUGGGAGUUGGAGCAAGACGGAAGAUGUGAAGGUUGUCGCAAAGUCUCUCUCUGCACCUUCUUUCAGACAGCCGAGGCGACACCCCACACUAUAGUCAAAAUCGGUGCUUUUCAACGGGUGUGAGCUGGGUAUCUGCCGGUAACGUCCGUGGGGCUUGAACAUUGAAAAGCACGGUACCUGAAGUUUUAAAGUUGCCCGGUGUGUCCAGGGUUCUCUACUUUUGGGGUUUGCCGUCACUCUCUUGUUGGAUUUCACUGUGUGGGAUGAUUGUAACGAGCAAGACCACAACGAAAGUUUGUUGCUGCAAGCCAGACCAUGAUGAAUGAAUAAGGAAGGGAGAGUCUUCGUUUUGAAAUAAAGUGUUAUGAAAUGGUAUUGAAGUGAAGUACGCCCAACUGAUUCCCCCAAAAUGGCAGGCAAUGCAAGCGACAUAGAAGUUCACUUCAAUCCAAACGCUGACGAAACUCCCGUUGAGGUCACCCUUCGUCGCCGCAGCUCAGAGAACAGUAGCAGAAAGCGCAGCCUCUGCCCUAAGCUCUUUGAGCGGGCGUCAGGCAGCUGGUGGAACCCCAAAUUUGACUCCAGCAUCAUCGAGGAGCAGUUUCAGAUCAACUCUUUCUCGCAGAUUCGAAGACGUUUCCGCUACGCGUUAUGCUACAUUCUUGCCGCCUGUGUGGUCUGGUUGAUCUAUCUCCCGAUACGGAACACGGUCGCAGAUGAGUCAGAAGAUGACUGUCUUGAAGACUUGCACCUGGAUUCUCAAUCAUGGAUCAUGUUUGAGGUUGGCGUAGGCUGUCUCCUAGCUCUAUGUAUUAUACUCUUGGUGUUUACUCUCACCGAACACUACCAGAAACACGUGAUGAAAGUGUCCAUCCUACUGGGCAUGUGCCUCUGUGGACUUACGCUAGGCACCUUUGCGUCGUACAGCCCUGGCGGCGGUCACAACACCAUGACGAUGAGCUCAGUCGCUACCUUCGCUGUAUGCAUCGAGACCAUCCUCAUGAUGUACACAAUGAUACCAGUGCCGUUCUUGUACACUGUGAUCCCAAUGUUGAUCUUCUCCGUGGCGUAUGAACUGUUGUACUUUGUGUACGUGGACAAGCAUGCCACGCCCGGUGCCGUGUUCACCAAGCUGUUUCUGCACAUGUGCGUGCACCUGAUGGGCAUCCACGUGUACUUCAUGUCGCAGGUGAGAUCACGUAACACCUUCAUGAAGAUUGGGCAGGCGGUUGUCGCCCGUCACCAGCAUCAGAUGGAGAAGCAACUGAAGGAGACGACCAUUCACUCUCUCAUGCCUGACACCGUCUUCAGAGAGCUUCUUAACAAAUCUGAGAAGGAGAAAAAGGACAGCAAUCCCAUCUUCCGGCCCUUCUACAUGAACCUCAUGACAGAUGUUAGUAUCCUCUUUGCUGAUAUAGCCGGCUUUACCAGGAUGAGUGCCAACAAGAAUGCUAGUGAACUUGUGGGCCUUCUAAACGACCUGUUCGGCCGGUUUGACAUUCUGUGCUUGCAGCACAACUGCGAGAAGAUCUGCACGCUAGGCGAUUGCUACUACUGCGUCUCAGGCUGCCCGGAGAAGCGCGAUGACCACGCCGAAUGCUGCGUCAACAUGGGCCUCAGCAUGAUCGACGCGAUUAAGGAUUUCUGCAAUGACACGGGUGAGAAGGUCAAUAUGCGCGUUGGCGUCCACACAGGCAAGGUACUCUGUGGGAUCAUCGGUAAGCGGUGCUACAAGUUUGAUGUGUGGUCUAAUGAUGUGACCCUGGCCAACAAGAUGGAGGCAUCCGGGAUACCCGGGAAGGUUCACGUCUCGGCUUCUACAGCAGAGUUCCUGGGAGACAAGUACAUAAUGGAGGAGAGCCGAAGUGAUCGCCAGACUGUAUUCUUAGGUGAGUACUUUUGACGCUAACAUUCUUGUGGGACAAAAUUUUACUUUU